UAACAGCACUAGAGCAUUGCAAUUUGCAACCAAGAACUGAUCAAAUGGCGCAGAGUGUGCAUAUUCCUCGUGUCAAACUCGGAACUCAAGGUUUUGAGGUUUCAAAAUUGGGAUUCGGCUGUCUGGGCCUCACUGGAGCCUAUAAUAAUCCUGUUCCAGAAGAGGAAGGCAUAUCUAUCAUUAAGCAUGCAUUCAAUAAGGGGAUCACAUUUUUUGACACUUCUGAUAUUUAUGGGGUCGACAAUGCUAAUGAACUUUUGGUCGGAAAGGCUUUAAAGCAGCUACCAAGAGAAAAGAUCCAACUAGCAACCAAAUUUGGCAUUACAAAGAUUGAUUCUUCUGGAAUGAAUGUUAAGGGCACACCAGAUUAUGUGCGUUCAUGUUGUGAAGCCAGCUUGAAACGUCUUGGUGUUGAAUACAUUGAUCUCUAUUAUCAGCAUAGAGUGGACUUAUCUGUGCCUAUAGAGGAAACAGUGGGUGAACUUAAAAAACUGGUGGAAGAGGGCAAAGUGAGGUAUAUUGGGUUAUCUGAAGCUAGUCCAGACACAAUAAGGAGAGCACAUGCAGUUCAUCCCAUCACUGCUGUGCAAAUGGAAUGGUCUCUUUGGACUCGUGACAUUGAGGAGGAGAUAGUUCCUCUUUGCAGGGAGCUUGGCAUUGGAAUCGUACCAUAUAGCCCUCUUGGUCGAGGUUUCUUUGGUGGAAAAGGAGUUCUGGAAACUGUGUCAACAGUUAGCUCCCUGAUGACGCAUCCACGCUUUCAAGCUGAGAACCUGGACAAGAACAAAAAAUUGUAUGACAAAAUAGAAAGCCUUGCUACGAAACACCAGUGUACUCCUUCCCAGUUGGCAUUGGGAUGGGUGCUCCACCAAGGCAAUGAUGUUGUGCCUAUUCCUGGAACUACUAAGGUUAAGAACCUAGAUCAAAACGUGGGUGCAAUAUCAUUGAAAUUCGCAGAAAGUGAGCUGAAAGAAAUUUCUGAGGCAGUUCCCAUUGAUGACGUAGCAGGUACUCGACACUACUAUGGAUCGGCUACUUUUUCUUGGACCAUUGCUAAUACACCUCCAAAAAAUCCCAAUGUCUAAACUUGAAGGCAGCACUCCAAAUCCUUUCAAUAAUGGAAUAUCACACUUACUCAGUUACUGGUGAACUGAGAGCAAGUUAAUUGUCAUUUGUGGUCAUAUGCAGAAUUUAUGGAUAUUAGUACUUGAAUAUGCAAAUUAAGUUUAAUAACAACCCAUAAGUCAAUUCUCGGUGAUUGGCCAAUGGAUAUUUGGUUUGGUUCAAGUUUGAAGUUUGCAGUACAAGUUUGUGAUGUAACAAAAAGCAGCGAAUAAUGUUUUAUAUAAGUGUGAGGGCUUUGCUCCUAAUGUUCACUCGAGUCUUUCUUUUUCUUAAUAUACGUUGUCUAAACUCUAAUGUAAUGUGCAUGACCACUUUUUUA